CCCAUCAUGCACCCGGACACCAGGGUGCUGGGCUUAGCCUGAGGCCUGAGACCCGGGCCGACCCUCGGGAGCCGGGAGGGGUCCGGCAUGAGAGGCAGAGCGUAGGGGAACUUCUGCGCUCCCGGCCUACCGCGGAGGCCGCGGACCCCCUAUCACGUAGCCGGCCUCUCGAAUCCCGGCCUGUGCUCGGCACCGCCACAUCGGGCCUAAUAUGGCCGCUCCUGCUGGGACCGGCCAGGUGCACAGAGAUGCUAGCUGAGGUCCGAGGCCAGGGACUGCUCCCGGCAUUCCUCGCGGGCGUGGCGUGGGCUCCCCUCGCCCAUCUCCAGGUUCCGCGAGUGGGAGACCUUCGGGCUUUAAGAUAGCAUGGCCCAGGCCUUGAUAGAGGUGGAGCGAAAGUUCGUUCCUGCCCCUGACACAGAGGAGCGGCUGCAGGAGCUGGGGGCCACCCUGGAGCACCAGGUCACCUUCCGGGACACCUACUAUGACACUCCUGAGCUGAGCCUCAUGCGGGCUGACCACUGGCUGCGACAGCGAGAGGGUAGUGGAUGGGAGCUCAAAUAUGCUGGAGUGCCAGUUGUCCCAGUACCUCACGCGGACUAUGUGGAGCUCACAGCUGAGCCUGCAAUUGUGGCCCAGCUCUGUGAGGUGCUGGGGGCUGAGGUCCUGGGGCCUGGAGGUGUGGCUGCUGUGCUGGGCCCACUGGGGCUGCAGGAAAUAGCUAGUUUUGUGACGAGGCGUAGUGCCUGGAAGCUGGUGCUAUCCGGAGCUGACGAAGAGGAGCCUCUGCUCAGGGUGGACCUGGACACAACUGACUUUGGCUAUGCUGUGGGUGAGGUCGAGGCCCUGGUGCACGAGAAGGCCGAGGUCUCAGCUGCCCUAGAGAAGAUCCAUAGCCUCAGCAGCAUGCUCGGUGUGCCGGUGCAGGAGACAGCACCUGCCAAGGUGAUGGUGUACCUCCAGCGCUUCCGACCUCAGGACUAUCAGCACCUGCUAGAAGUAUACAGCCCCCCUGGGGCGCCUGGGUGGCACAGCGGUUAAGCGUCUGCCUUCGGCUCAGGGUGUGACCCCGGCGUUAUGGGAUCGAGCCCCACAUCAGGCUCCUCCGCUAUGAGCCUGCUUCUUCCUCUCCCAC